AAAUAAUUUGAGCUAUGGCAAAUGGAGAAACAUCGCACGAAUCAUCAAAAAAAUUUCUGCUGAAUCACAAGACUGGUGUUUGCGAACAGGCAGACAUCCUCCUGGCAACUGAUAUACCGAAAAGAAUAUCUGCUUUAGAGAGUCUUAGCAAGAGUGCACAAUUUUCAUGGGAGUCUAUAGAGGAGGUGAGGAAGUGCUCAGUUGUUGACGGGGAUAUUGCCACCACUAACACUUACCUACAAGACUGCUUUGCUAUCCUCAAGCCUCUAAUGAGAGAAUUCAUUGAUAACAGUCUUCUGUUGAGAACCUGGGUGACAAUGCUGGUACCAAAGACCGAAGACGGUGAUAAUCUCGGAGUGCAGCUUCAAUACGAGACCGUGAAUACUUGUGAUGACUGUUCCGUUGACGUGCAGCGACUCUACUAUUACAUUAAUGGGUACUACGUGGAGAGAGCGAGGCUGUUAUCAAAGUUUGAAAAGUACGGAAGUAAAGCUCACGCCUGUGUACGGACGAGUAUAGAAGAGUACGACGAAGCAACCUUCAUCAAGUUCAGCCUCUCAAUCUCACAGCUAUAUUAUUUCUACUUGUCCAUGUACGAUAAGAUUAUGAAAAACAUCGACAAAAUCAAAAAGCCUCGCAACGACUCCCACGAAUUAUAUUUUACCUGGUAGGGCCUCGAGAUCAUAUUUUUGGACAAGAACUGUUUCAGCAUUGGGUAUUUGCAUGUUCUUCCUUUCAUGUUAACCUUUUAUUUAGUUUUAAAGGACUUUUACUUAAAAUUUUACUCAAAAUCUUGGUCAGAAGAUAUUCCCAAGACUGUUGUCUUGUGCCGUACCAUAAGUACAUUAUAGAACUAUAAUGUGCUUAUGGUACUAUAAUCCUAUAACCUUGUAUGAUUUAUAGUUUUAUACCUGUAGUAUCGUGAUUUAUUUUUGUAGGUGACAGUUGUGUAUUUUGAUUAUGAUUUUUUAAAUGUUUAAAAAUAGGUUUUAUUAGGUAUGCGAACAGUCUUGCAGUGAAUGAUUUUAAUGGUUUUAUCGUUUCAUAUGUAAUCAAUUUUACCUUGAUUUGUAUUGUACGGUGUAAAAUGUAAAUGAGCUGUAAUUUUAAAAGAUUUGUCGUUUUUUUACCACAUUUGCCA